UAAAUUAUAAUUGCACUUCCCGUGAUCGCAUGCUAAUUUCUGAACGUAAACACACUCUGGGAAAAUUCACGAACUCCAGCAAUAACUAAGAUUUUGUCAUCUCAUUGUAGUAGAUUUGAAAAGACAAUCUACUGUGGUGCUGGUGUCAGCUAGUUCUACCAGUCUGAAAGAGAAACCAGAGUCAGAAAUGCCUCGUAAGAAGCCAUUUAGUGGCAAACAAAAGAAGCAUCAGUUGCAGGAGAAACGAGAUCGCAAGCGGCCAGAUAGGCCAGAUGGACACCAUCGCCCGCCGCACGGGCCCCAUGCAGGAAUGGGUCACAGAUCUCGGCAGCAGUCCCAAGAGCUCCUGAGCAGUGAGGAUCGGAACUCCACCUCGGAAGGGGAGAUGCCCGAGGUCAACGUACUGAACCAGCAACCUAAUCAGGGAAUGGGAUUGGACUCGCAGUAUGACCCCAACAGGUAUCAUCUUCACUUUCAAAAGGAUUCUAAAUCUGAGUUGGCAUCCCGUAAGAAACGGGCCAUGCAGCCCUAUGACCCGCUACCAGAGAGUGCCCUGGAAGUGGAUAUCGAUGACAUCUACCAGCCAGGUUCGGUCCUGGACAUGCCUAAGAGACCCUCCUGGGACUAUAACGUCGGCAAGGACAAGCUGGAACACAGAGAGGAGCAGGAAUUCAGAAACUACCUCCAGACAAUCUACGAGAAGUUCCCUUCAAAGAAACUCAGCUAUUUCGAGAUAAAUCUAGAGACCUGGAGACAGCUUUGGCGGGUGCUCGAAAUGUCCGACAUCGUGCUCCUGAUCACCGACAUCAGGCACCCGGCCCUCCACUUCUCGCCCGCCCUCUACGACUACGUCACGCGGGAUCUCAAGAAACACCUCAUCCUCGUCCUAAACAAGAUCGACCUGGCCCCGCCCCCUGUGGUGGUGGCGUGGAGGUCGUACCUCAAGGAGAAGUUCCCCCAGCUUCAGGUGAUCUGCUUCACGUCUUUCCCCAGGGAGUCACAGACCCCUGAGGGCGGUAUAUCUGGUGUAUCAGGAUUCAAGAGAAAAAAACGUGGGAAGUUCACGGCAGUAGGUCCUAUGCAGCUACUCCAAGCAUGUGAGAUGGUAACACGUGGAAAUGUUGAACUAAAUAGUUGGAGAGAGAAAAUUGAGGCCGACAUGAGAGGUGAGGACAGCCUAGCCUCGCAGGUCAUCGCUUCAAACACCGAAGAGAUGACAAUGUAUGAGGAACAUGAGGCAUUUAAAGAUGGCAUCAUUACAAUAGGAUGUGUCGGUCAUCCUAACGUGGGCAAAUCCUCCGUGAUGAACGGUCUGUGUGGUCGCAAGGUGGUCAGUGCCUCCAGGACGCCUGGUCACACCAAGCAUUUCCAGACCAUAUUCCUCACACCGACGGUCAAACUGUGCGACUCACCCGGUCUUACGUUUCCCUCGCUGGUUGACAAACAAUUUCAGAUACUGUCGGGUAUCUACCCCGUAGCUCAAGUCCAAGAGCCGUACACAGCGGUUGGCUACCUGGCACAGAGGAUACCUCUUACUCAGAUUCUAAGGAUACGCCAUCCUGAGGCUGACGGUUCACCAGAGGGGGCCUCAGGGGCACAUUGGACCGCUUUCGAUAUAUGUGAAGCUUGGGCAGAGAAGAGAGGCUUCAUCACAGCUAAAGCAGCCAGGAAAGACACGUACAGGGCUGCCAACAAUAUCCUAAGGAUGGCCGUAGAUGGCAGGCUAUGCAUGUGUAUGACCCCGCCAGGCUACACGGCUCAAAAAGAAUUUUGGGAGCAGCACCAAGAGACGCUCGAGAUUGGUCGACUUCAGGAUCAGCACAGACGAGUGGAGGAGGAUUUGGACAGAGAGGGCGACAAAGAAGAUGACCUCUCGGACCAGUUCACCAGCAGCGGAGAGGACAGCGAUGCCGACGUCGAGAGCAAUGAUGUCGACAGGGAGUCGGACUCGAGGAGGAAGGAGCGGAGGCGGAAAGGGAACUCGAGCAUGGCGACUACGAACCCGUUUGAUUUACUAAUGGAUGCAUGAUAGUUUGGAAGUCAGUGGAAAAGACUAAUAAUCUGGCAUUUCAUCGUGGAAUCUCUUUGGAUGCAUGAUAUUUUGGGUGUCAGUGGUAAAGAGGAAUAAAGUGGUAUUUCAUAGUGGAGUCCACUCAAUUUGCAGUUGGUGCAAGAUAAUUUGGAAGUCAGUGGAAAAGGGUAAUAAAGUGGCAUUUCAUAGUGGAAACCGUUUGGUUGUUGAUGGAUGCCAGAUAGUUUGGAAGGCAAUGGAAAAGACUAAUAAUCCGGCAUUUCUUUGUGAAAUCUACUCGAUUUGCUAAUGGAUGCAUGAUAGUUUGGACGUCAGUGGAAAAGACUAAUAAAGUGGUAAUUCAUAGUGGAAACCGUUUGGUUGUUGAUAGAUACAAGAUGGUUUGGAAGUCAGUGGAAAAGACUAAUAAUCCAGGAUUUCAUAGUGGAAACCGUUCAGUUUGUUGAUGGAUGCCAGAUAGUUUGGAAGUCGGUGGAAAAUGCUGAAAAUGGGAGCAUUUCGUUGUGGAAUCCAUUUGAUUUGCUGAUAGAUGAAUGAUCGUUUGGAAGUCUGCAGAAAAGACUAAUAAUCCACCGUUUGUUUUUUUGACGAAUCAAAUGAUUGUUUGGAAGACAGAGACAAAGGCUAAUAAUCAAGCAUUUCAUUGUGGAAUCCAUUUGAUUAUCUAAUGGAAGCAAAAUAGUUUUGAAGUCGGUGGUAAAGACUUUUAAAGUGGCAUUUCAUAGUGAAACACAAACGGUUUGUUGAUGGAGGCAAGAUAACUUAAAAGUCAGUAGAAAGAACAGAUAAUGAAUGAAUCAAAUGGAUUGAAUGAAAUUAGAGUGAAGAUGAGGGAAUGGUUUUUUUUACAGCUCAAUCAGAACGCCAAACCGACUCCUAACCAACCAAUGCUUUGGCCGUUUUAGAGUGUUAUGUACUGUUGUAAGACUACUAUCAGAUUCUUCAUUAUGACUGGGGUAUCUUUUG